UCAUAACUUUAAACUUGGUUACAAAUAAACAAUGCAAAAUAUACGGACAUACGGAUAACAGAUAACGAAAACAUUUCUCUCUUUGUGCUAAAUUAAUUGGAGAAAGUGCAAAAUAUCACGCCGCAGUCUAUAAUGGCAGAUAGCAUGAUUGAUCCAACAAAAUUUGAUCUAACGAUAAAUGCUCUCUUGGUGGGCCUUGAAGCUGAAAAAUAUUUACCAUUAUUCAGGCAACACAAUAUUGGCCAAUGUACCUUAAUGGAAUUAAAUGAUGAAGACUUGACAAAAAUUGGUGUGGAUGACAAGGAAAUCAGACAAAAAAUAUUAAAUGAAGUGAAAAAUUUACCCAUUUAUGAAGAAAUGAUUGUUCAAUCAUCAAAAAACUAUACAAACUUAGGCCCUAUGGAAAUUAUUGAUGCUUUAGAAGAAAGUUCACAACACCUCUACAGACUCUACUUGAGUAUGAUGGCGAACACAAUAUCACUUAAAAAAUCAAAGAAUGUUACCGACUGCUUAUUACAUGAAGAUAAAUAUGCUUCAGAUAUAUGUAUUAGUAUUUUAAGUCACAUGACAAAUAUUUUAAAUUCCAUGGAUAUAUCUCUACACACAAAAUUCAAGGUUUCGUCAGGAAGUUCAAAACAUAGCAGAAAUAAAAAGAUAAUUGUUGGUACAGUUGGAAGUGCUGUUAUAGUUCUAUUGUCAGUGUUAUUUGUCCGUUCCUUAAAACAUAUCUAAAGUUCCUACAACUCAAAUUAAUUGUAUCUAAAUAAAGACAUUUUAAAAUA